CCGGCUCUUUGCUCGCCUAAAGACUUCACCCUGUUCUCUCUCUGUUCAUAUACCCAUUCACAAAUCCGACCUCCGACGCGUCUAGACCUUCUUGCAUCGAGCACGAAGACGACAGCUGGAAGUGACGUUCGCAUCGUACAUCGUCUUCUGCGAUCCAAAUCGUUUCGCGAUAGAGUGGUUCAUUCCGAAGAGCUUUAUUCCGCGCGUUGGGAAGCCCCGCGAUCAAUCCCACGACGUCAAUUGCAUCUCCAAGCUCGAUACGACAGAUCUCUAGUGAGUUAAAAGUGUUUUUUCGGGGCAAAAGCAGCCCGGCAAGCGAAGAGGCUCCGGGACCAAAGCAACAGGAGGAUAUGGGCCCGAUGCCAGAGGCUUCAGGAUCAGGAGUGGCCGAUGAGUCGGAUUACUCGACUUUCGAGAAUAAAACUGGCCUGGCCGAGGACAUGAAGUUCUUGGCGAGUAUGCCGGAACUAUGUGACGUGACGUUCCUUGUCGGUGAUACUAGAGAGCCCGUUUGCGCCGUGAAGGCUGUGCUUGCGGCCAGGAGCAGAGUUUUUCACAAAAUGUUAUAUCAAACUCCGAGCCCGCAACGCAAAAAGGAACCGCCGGCGCGAGAAAAUAAGAUUCGGCUUUUCCUCAAGCGUAGCUCCGAGCCGUUGUUGAAUUUACAGAAUGCGGCACAACAGCGGUCAGGGUUCACGCAGCAACUGGCUCCCAUCCAAGAGCCGCAAUCAAAUCAGCAUCACACGCUGAUUAUCGAGGAAUUCGAGCCCGAUGUCUUCCGGCAGCUGAUCGAGUACAUUCACACGGGAUGUGUGACAUUACAGCCUAGGACUUUGCUUGGCGUCAUGAAUGCUGCUGAUUAUUACGGAUUGGAAGAGCUUAAACAAGCCUGUCAUGGUUUUAUUCAAUACUGUAUAACCGUCGAUACGGUCUGCGCUUUAUUAGCAUCAGCGGAACGCUAUAUUCAGUAUAAAUGCACGAAAUCUUUGGUACAAAGGGUGCUGGAAUUCGUCGAUGAACAUGGCAACGAAGUAUUGAAUCUGGGAUCUUUCACAUUACUGCCGCAACACGUUGUCCGAUUGAUACUUGCCAGAGAAGAACUACGCGCAGAUGAAUUUACGAAAUUUCAAGCAGCGCUAAUGUGGAGUAAAAAAUAUUGCGACAACAAUCAAACUACACCGUUGAAAGACGUGAUAGGUAAUUUCAUCGAGUAUAUUCAAUUUCACAAGAUCCCGGCCACUGUACUGAUGCACGAGGUGAAGCCGUUGGGAUUAGUGCCGCUGGAGAUCAUCAUGAACGCAUUGGCUUAUCAGGCAGACCCAACCAGUAUCGACCCCGGGAAACUCUCCCCCCACAGAGUGAGAAGACAGGGUCGCAGUAUGUCGGUCCAAUCGUCGCUGGAUCCGUACGGCAGCAACACGACCUUGAGCUCGAGCGGCUCCGACGCCGGAUCGGAUCAAAAACAACAUUCUGGAGCGGCACCGACAGACGAUACUGUCUCACGGGGAAAGGAACAAAAGGAGUCCCAGUCUCAGCUUCAGGUUCAGGUUCAGGUGGAGCAAGAGCCAAGAGCGCAAGAAUCGCAACAUCAGCAGGAACAAAAACAGGAAGAUGCGCAAUUACAACGAAAGGAGCCGGGUCAUCUACAGCAGCAAGUACGUCAGAAAAUAGGGAAGGACAGGGAACAACGAAAACUUCAACAAGAGCAGCAGCAGCUGCAGCGUAAAUUGGAACAGGAAGAGAAGGAGUUGCGGCAAAAGAUGGAACAGGAUGAAAAACAGUUGCAACGUAAACUGGAACAGGAGGAGAAGGUAUUGCAACAAAAACUGGAGCAAGAAGAACAACAGUUACAACAAAAGCUAGAAGAAGAGGAACACAAAUUACGAAACAAACUCGAGAAGAAACAAGACGAGAAACAAGUUACACAGCCAAAGGAGAGUAAAGAAAUGGAGCAGCAGAAAAAAGAAGAACAAGUAUGUCUAUUGAAAGAUGAACAGCAGCAAAAGGAGGAGGAUGAGCAGAUGCAACAGAAAGAUGAACCAUCGCAACCGCUGGAAAGUGACGAGCAAGCACGACUAAGUAAACAGGAAGAGGAAGUGCAACCCGUAGAGGAGAUGUGUCAGGAAUUGGUCGCGGAGGAGACACAAGAGCGAAAAAUAGAUACGCCGGCGCAACAAGAAGAUGAAAAAAUGCAACGAGAAAAGGAGGAAUCGCAGCUACAAGAGUUUAGAGAACUGCAACAACAGCAGGAGCAGCAGGAGCAGCCGGGAGUUCGACCGCUCGAGGCGGUGGGUGGACUUUACAUCAGGAUAGUGCUGAGGCACGAGGGCCGCACGAACCUGGUCUGGCUGUACAAAACGCACAUAUUCUAAAUUCCGAUAAUUCCUUUCGUCGCUUUCGUCUGGAUAUUUGAACGACCUCCGCGUCAAUAUGGCUCUACGAUUUUCUCCAUCCACGUUCAAAGAUAUUAAGGCGCGUCAACGCUCUUCGCGCGUUUCACAGAAUUAUCUUUUAUGUCUUAAGAAAGCGUCGACGUUAAUCCUUAAUUAUUUCUAAUGUCGAUGCAAAAGCGACGCGUACUAUAAACAUCGUCCAUGUAUCCAGCCGCUUCUCGAUUUCCACGAGGCAAGCAAAGUUUUAACAGUGUUAUCCGGUCUCGCGUUUCGGCCGUGGAGAUGAGCGUCACCAUUUCUAGAUAUGUAAUAAAUCGAGAUAUUCCAUUAGGAAUCGAUUGUCCACAGUCGUGGAAGAUGACAAUCGCGUUUGUGUUAUUGUUGCAAGAGGAAAAAUAUAUAUCUGUUAAACGUAAAAUGUGCAAAAACGUAAAUAUGUGCAAUGUACACGAAAAUGCAUCCGUCGCUUCCUUCGUUACGCUUUCUCUAUCGUUGACAAGCACUCGAUAGUAUCGUUCAAUCAAAUGGAUGCAUCAUUGCGAGCAAAUAAUUAAUUGAAUGAAAUAUAUGUGCGUCUAGGGACGCAUUUUUGUUAUACAUUAUAUUAAAAUUUAUUAUUUAUAUAUUAUAUUUUUUAUAUCCAGUUGCAUAUAAUUUAUCUCAUGCAAUUAUGAUUUUUAAUCUCUAAUUUAUCAUAAACUAUAUCAACUAUCAUUCUCAGAAUCUUUAUCCUUUUCAUAUUUAUUAUUCUUACUGAAUUCUUAUUACAUUUAACAUUUUUAUUAUCAAUCAACGAAACCACAUUAUUAUCAAACAUUUCACUAUAGGACAUAUCCAAUGUGGUUACAAUAACGAUCUCAGAGAAAUAUUAUAUACGCUUGUUAAAAAUAGAUCUGAUACUAUAUAGCCAAGUGAUGCGGAAUAAAUUCCGUAUCAUUUCUGGACAACGUGAAUAGCGAUCUGACACUAACGAAUGACUGGAGAGAGCUCGAUGUUGCCGUAGGCGCUUUACUAGGCAUUAGUACUCAACGUAAGAAAUUCAUUUUUUCAAUUGCACCAUCAAUAAUCAGAAACCAGAGAUUGUAGCAAAGCUAUGGUCCGGAUAAGUAACAAAAGUCUGAAUACUUGCCAGAUAAAUUUCGCUAAAACGAAUGCUAUUGCCGUAGUGUUUAACUAGAUGUAAUUGCAUGCGAUUAUAUACAAUAAGUUACAUUUCAAUCCGUUGUAAAUAAACAAGAAGACAUAUUAAUGGUUACACGCACACGCGUGUCCUUGAUAAUGAUGUUUGAAGAGUCCGGUAGAGAGAUUAUAUAAAAGUACUUUAAUUUUUGAGCAAAGUUUAAUACAGAACAUAGAUCAAGACGUCAACAACAGUUAAGUGUAAAACAUUAAACGCAGCUGUGUUUGUCAUCAUAGGUAAUGUUUUAUUAAAUAUUAAUUACUGUUAUUAUUCGCUUGAUUGCGUAGGUAUCAAUGACAUGUUUAUGAGUAUGGACAUAUUUAUCUGUCUAUCUACCAUUGUCUGUUUGUGCGCAGCGACAUUUCUAUUGUUUUAUACAUAAAAUGACAUAUAUAUAAAAAAUAUAUAUAUAUUAUAUAUAUAUAUAUAU